GAGUUUUUUGUGGAAAAGCAGGAAAAGAGAAGUGGAGGAGGAAGGCAUCCUACCAUAUCCUGUAAUAAACCCAUCAAGUGUCACUACUCUCCGCGAGACUCUGGAAAGAAGCUGCCACAGGACACAUCUGAACCUUGCAGUGGCUGGCAAUUUUCCUCUACGUUCUGAGAAAAAGAAUUAGCUGGAAUAAGACCUUGUUUUCCAUAUGGUGGACUUGAAAUGCAGCAUUGAAAAGUUCCUUGACCAUCAGUUUGUUGCCUGCUCCUUCUAUUUAUACAAGAGAAGUAUGUGCCUCAUGAUGGUGUAUGAGUAAAACAUAUGGCAAGUCCUUUAAUGGUGUCCUUGAGUCCAGUCCUUCCCAGCCCGAUCAAUGGUACAUAAAGAUGCAGCCGCUCUCUGUUCCCUGCCCCAAUGAACAUCUGCACUAGGCCCAAGCCUUGGAGUGAUUUACCUGAAGAGUGACACCAUUUAUUUGGAAACUACUAUGAGGAAACUGAAGCCCAGAGAGGUGAAGUGAGGUGCCCAAGGCCACACAGCAAGUUAGAGGCACAGCUAGUACGAUAGCUCAAGUCUCCUGACUCCCAGUCCAGUGCUUCUCCCAUUACUCCACCGGUCCUGUCUCUAAGCUUCCUGACAAAUGCUAGAACGGAAGAAACCCAAGACAGCUGAAAACCAGAAGGCAUCUGAGGAGAAUGAGAUUACUCAGCCGCGUGGGUCCAGCGCCAAGCCGGGCCUUCCCUGCCUGAGCUUUGAAGCUGUUCCGUCUCCAGACCCAGCCCUCAUCCACUCAGCACACUCACUAACAAACUCUCACGCUCACACCGGGUCAUCUGAUUGUGACAUCAGUUGCAAGGGGAUGACCGAGCGCAUUCACAGCAUCAACCUUCACAACUUCAGCAAUUCCGUGCUCGAGACCCUCAACGAGCAGCGCAACCGUGGCCACUUCUGUGACGUGACGGUGCGCAUCCACGGGAGCAUGCUGCGCGCGCACCGCUGCGUGCUGGCAGCGGGCAGUCCCUUCUUCCAGGACAAGCUGCUACUGGGCUACAGUGACAUUGAGAUCCCAUCGGUGGUGUCAGUGCAGUCGGUGCAAAAGCUCAUUGACUUCAUGUACAGCGGUGUGCUACGAGUAUCGCAGUCAGAAGCUCUGCAGAUCCUCACAGCCGCCAGCAUCCUGCAGAUCAAAACCGUCAUAGAUGAGUGCACGCGCAUAGUGUCACAGAAUGUGGGUGAUGUGUUUCCGGGCAUCCAGGACUCUGGCCAGGACACGCCACGGGGCACUCCUGAGUCAGGUACAUCGGGCCAGAGCAGUGACACGGAAUCAGGCUACCUGCAGAGCCACCCGCAACACAGUGUGGAUAGAAUCUACUCAGCGCUCUAUGCUUGCUCCAUGCAGAAUGGCAGCGGUGAGCGCUCCUUCUACAGCGGUGCCGUGGUCAGCCACCAUGAGACUGCGCUCAGCCUGCCCCGCGACCACCACAUGGAAGACCCCAACUGGAUCACCCGCAUCCACGAGCGCUCACAGAUGGAGCGCUACAUGUCCACCACCCCUGAGACCACGCACUGCCGCAAGCAGCCCAGGCCUGUGCGUAUCCAGACCCUGAUGGGCAACAUCCACAUCAAGCAGGAGAUGGAGGAUGAUUAUGACUACUAUGGGCAGCAAAGGGUGCAGAUCCUGGAGCGCAAUGAAUCCGAGGAGUGCACAGAAGACACUGACCAGGCCGAAGGCACUGAAAGUGAGCCCAAAGGUGAAAGCUUCGAUUCAGGGGUCAGCUCUUCCAUAGGCACCGAACCCGACUCAGUGGAACAGCAGUUUGGGACUGGGGCAGCACGGGAUGGGCAGUCAGAGCCCACGCAACCUGAGCAGGCUGCUGAAGCCCCCACUGAGGGCAGCACACAGCCAAACCAGCUAGAAACAGGUGCCUCCUCUCCAGAGAGAAGCAAUGAGGUGGAAAUGGACAGCACAGUCAUCACUGUCAGCAACAGCUCAGAUAAGAGCAUCCUGCAGCAGCCUUCGGUCAAUACAUCUAUUGGGCAACCAUUGCCAAGUACCCAGCUCUACUUACGCCAGACAGAAACCCUCACCAGCAACCUGAGGAUGCCUCUGACCUUGACCAGCAACACACAGGUCAUUGGCACAGCUGGCAACACCUACCUGCCAGCCCUCUUCACUACCCAGCCUGCAGGCAGUGGCCCCAAGCCUUUCCUCUUCAGUCUGCCACAGCCCCUGGCAGGCCAGCAAACCCAGUUUGUGACAGUAUCCCAGCCCGGUCUGUCGACCUUUACUGCACAGCUGCCAGCGCCACAGCCCCUGGCCUCAUCUGCAGGCCACAGCACAGCCAGUGGGCAAGGUGAAAAAAAGCCUUAUGAGUGCACUCUCUGCAACAAGACUUUCACCGCCAAACAGAAUUACGUCAAGCACAUGUUUGUACACACAGGUGAGAAGCCCCACCAAUGCAGCAUCUGCUGGAGAUCCUUCUCCUUGAAGGAUUACCUUAUCAAGCACAUGGUGACACACACAGGCGUGAGGGCAUACCAGUGCAGUAUCUGCAACAAGCGCUUCACACAGAAGAGCUCCCUCAAUGUGCACAUGCGCCUCCAUCGGGGGGAGAAGUCCUACGAGUGUUACAUCUGCAAAAAGAAGUUCUCCCACAAGACCCUCCUGGAACGGCAUGUGGCCCUGCACAGUGCCAGCAACGGGACCCCUCCCACAGGCACGCCCCCGGGUGCCCGCGCUGGCCCCCCAGGCGUGGUGGCCUGCACGGAGGGGACCACUUACGUCUGCUCUGUCUGCCCAGCCAAGUUUGACCAAAUUGAGCAGUUCAACGACCACAUGAGGAUGCAUGUGUCUGACGGAUAAGUAGUAUCUUUCUCUCUUUCUUAUGAACAAAACGACAAAAAAAGAAAUAAACAAACAAAGCUAUGGC